AUGAGUGGAGACAGCCAAACACCCCCUCUCAGACUGCCAGGCUUGGCCUGGCACUGCCCCCAGUCCAGCUUCCCACAAGGGUCUGUGACUGGGGAGUGUCCAGGGGACAAGCAGGGCCGACUUCUCAGCCCUAGGACAUUAAGCAGCUUGCCUGUGGGUGCCUGGGGGCCAGGAGCUGCCAUGCUCAGCCCCUCUGAUAGGGAGAGCAGCAGCAGUAGCAGCAGCAGCAGCCCCAGCGUGCUGAGCCUUGGGGCCGGGAGCAGGGAAGACGGGGAGCCAGAGGGAGAGGAGAAAAUCUGCGCCGUGUGCGGCGACCGAGCCACCGGCUACCACUUCCAUGUCAUGACCUGCGAGGGCUGCAAGGGCUUCUUCAGGCGGUCGAUCAGCAAGGGCGUGUGCUUCACCUGCCCCUUCACCCGCAACUGCACCAUCACCAAAGCCAAGCGCCGGCAGUGCCAAGCCUGCCGCCUCCAGAAGUGCCUGGCCGUGGGCAUGAGGAAGGACAUGAUCAUGUCAGAGGAGGCUCUGCAGAUGCGCCGGGUCCUGCGGAAGCAGAAGAAGCAGGAGCGGGAGCCGGCGGAGGAGCCGGCGGAGCUGACAGAGGAGCAGGAGCAGCUCAUCAGCAGCCUCAUCGAGGCCCACAAGAGGCACUUCGACUCCGGCUUCUCCCAGUUCGUGCAUUGCCGGCCCCCAGUGCGAUUGUACAUCCACAGCCUGAGCCCUCAGAGACCCCAGGAGCCCAGGGUUCCCCAUGUCCUGCGGGGGCUCUCCCAGCCUGAGGAGGGUGGCCCCCUGGCCCCCUUGCAGAGCCUGCAGGGGGACAUGCUGCCUGACAACUUCUCCAUGCUGCCCCACUUCGCCGACCUCAGCACCGUCCUCAUCCAGCAAGUGAUCAAAUUCGCCAAGGAGAUCCCAGCCUUCAGGAGUUUGCCGAUCGAUGACCAGAUUUCGCUUCUCAAAGGCGCCACUUUGGAGAUCUGCCAGAUCCAGUUCAACACGGUCUUCAACGAGGAGACCAAGGCCUGGGAGUGCGGCCAGCACUGCUACACCAUACAAGACGGCGCCCUGGCUGGGUUCCAGCAGAUCUACCUGGAGCCGCUGCUCAAGUUCCACAUCAGCCUGAAGAAGCUGAGGCUGCACGAGGCUGAGUACGUCCUGCUGCUGGCCAUCGCCCUGUUCUCGCCUGACCACCCUGGCAUCACCCAGCGCCACACCGUCGACCAGCUGCAGGAGAAGAUGGCCCUCACGCUGAAGAGCUACAUUGACCAACGGCAUCCGCUGCCCGAAGGCAGGCUCCUCUACGCAAAGCUGCUCUUGCUGCUGACCGAGCUGCGGACGCUCAAGGUGGAGAACACACGGCAGAUCCUGCACAUCCAGGACCUGACCACCAUGACGCCGCUGCUCUCCGAGAUCAUCAGCUAG